AUGGUAAUGAACCAACCUGACAUAGUGGUGGUGGACAAAGGGCAGAGGACAGCCGUGGUGGUGGACAAAGGGCAGAGGACAGCCGUGGUGGUGGACAAAGGGCAGAGGACAGCCGUGGUGGUGGACAAAGGGCAGAGGACAGCCGUGGUGGUGGACAAAGGGCAGAGGACAGCCGUGGUGGUGGACAAAGGGCAGAGGACAGCCGUGGUGGUGGACAAAGGGCAGAGGACAGCCGUGGUGGUGGACAAAGGGCAGAGGACAGCCGUGGUGGUGGACAAAGGGCAGAGGACAGCCGUGGUGGUGGACAAAGGGCAGAGGACAGCCGUGGUGGUGGACAAAGGGCAGAGGUCAGCCGUGGUGGUGGACAAAGGGCAGAGGACAGCUGUGGUGGUGGACAAAGGGCAGAGGACAGCCGUGGUGGUGGACAAAGGGCAGAGGACAGCCGUGGUGGUGGACGUGGCAAUUCCAAGCGAUGAUGCAAACGUAGAGGACGCAAGGAGCACUGAGCAGCUCUUGUGCAUUGGCCUGGCGUUCUGUUGGGGGUGGGUGACACUGGGUUUCUGUCGCUCGUGGUCAGAGUUCAGACAGGGGCUGGGUCUCGGUUCUCGGUCGUCGGCGAUGGCUGCAAGACUGGACCAAACUUUGUGGACGCUUUUCAUUGUCGUCAUAGUAACCUCGUCAGUAUCAGGUGAAGGCGACCGGGACCUUACGUUCUGUGGCACCUGGCAUCACGGGCAGGGCCCCUUGAGCCUGAACGUGAACCUGACCACGGGAUGCGACCGCGUGGUGUUCUCAGCCAAUCAGAGCGCCCUGUCUGUAACCGGGCAGAUCACGGUUUACUGCAGCAGCUCAGUCACCAUCCCACUCACACGUAUAGACCCGGCGAACGAGAUGACACCCUUCUGCGUGUACUGGGAGCCCCUCCAGGACCAGCUGAAGUUGAAGAUUGGCAGUGAAGUGCGUCCCCUGUGCUCCCCUGCUCCUCUCAAAGACCACUGCUGCACUCACCUGUCCUUUGGAGCCAACAGCCCUGAAGCAGCCUUUGGCAUCAUUAACGGCAGCAUCCAGAACGAUUUGAUCAGCUCCAAAAAAUACUCCUCCUAUGAAUUCAACGGAAGCUUCAUCAACUGUCGGGAGACCUUCUGUGAUAAAACCAGUCAGGGAUCGAACCAUCAAAACAUGCCAGGAGCAAAGCUGCACGGCACAGGGAGCGCUCAGAACCCAUGUGCCCAGAGAACUGUCCUGAGGCUGGAGGACAGUGACGGAGGCUACAAUGUGACCUUACCUCCACCAGAAGGUGUUGAACCAGAGGUUAUUCCUUCAAUCCAUUUACCCUCUGCUCUAAAGAAAGCUACACAAUCUAAUAAUGAAGUCAUCUGCACCUACUUCCGGAACAACUCACUAUUCCAGGAGGCUCCAACUAAUGGCAAAAUCCUCAGUGAUGUGGUCAGCAUCACCAUCGAAAAUGAAAUCAUCAAAGACUUAUCAGAGCCAAUCAAAAUAGGAUUCCACCACGAUGUUAUACCUAAAAGUCACUCAAGAAAAUGUGUUUCGUGGGAUGCCAGACGAGACCCCCUGAAGGUGAACUGGUCGAUGGAAGGCUGUGAAACACAAGCUAAAGGAGACACACAGACAGAAUGUCACUGUAACCAUCUGACUUUCUUCACUGUCCUCGUGCAACUGGAACCUAAACCAGUGCGCCAUCUGCUGGCCCUGACUGCUAUCACAUCUCUGGGCUGUGCUGUGUCGCUCAUCAGCUGCGUCGCUCUCAUCAUUUUCCUUUACAGAAAGAGUCGGCGUUCCAAAGAGCUUUCCAUCCCGAUUCACAUGGGCCUGGCCGUGUCUCUGGCCCUGCUCUACCUGCUGUUCUUCUUCACUGGAGUGUUGGCCAAUGUGUGUGAGAGCGUGUGUGGCUGGGUGGCGGCGGCCCUGCACUACGCUCUGCUCAGCUCCCUGACCUGGAUGGGCAUCGAAGUUUUUCAUACUUUCUGGUUGGUUCAGAUGGUAUUCAGCCCUGCUCCAAAAGCUUGGAUUUGGGACCUGGUUGGCUUCGCCGCACCAGCCAUUCCAGUAAUCAUCUUGGCAAUAAUCUCAGAUAUUUAUGGUCUGCGAGAGAUUCACCAAACUGAUGAUCCAACUCCAUACAAAAUGUGCUGGAUGAAAGACAACAACAAGGCGUUGCUGGCACACUACGUUACCAACCUGACGCUGGUGGCCGUCCUGGUCACCUCCGGACUGGUCAUGCUCCUCCUGGUCUACAGAGAGAUCCGGAACCGCGACGAGUGGAGACAGAACCGCGUGGCCUUCCUCAGCAUCUGGGGCCUAAGCUGCCUCUUCGGGACCAGCUGGAGCCUCACCUUCCUGGACUUCGGACCACUCACGGAUUUCAUUCUGUUCGUCUCCUGCAUCCUCAAUGCUUUUCAAGGCUUCUUCCUCAUGCUGCGGUUCUACAUGCUGGACUGGAUGAGGAAGCGGGCGGGAGGCUCCGUCUUGGGCAGCAGCAGCACCGGCUCCACCAGACAACACAUGCUGCAAACCCACGAAAAGAGCUGA